AAUUGUGGCCAUAGUGUUGUUUGAUUUGUUCAACUUUUUUUUUGUGUAUCGAUUAGGUAAUUAGGUAAUUAAAACCCGAUCAAAAAUUGAAAAAAAUCUGUGUAAAAAAAAAUAUAUUAUGUCCUCAACAUUCAUUACGAUACCAGCAAAUACUAUACAAGCAUUAAAAAAUUUAGGCUAUACAAUAGCUACAGCAAAUCAUCCAGUUGGAAUCACCACCGCCAAUAUGACCAAUGAUUUUAGCAAUAAUAAUGAUAAUAAUGUGAUGAUGAUGAUGAUGAUGAAAGAAAAUAAUCAUAGUAAUGUUUUGGAUAAUAAUAAUAAAAAAGUAGAAGUACGUUGGUUGGAAUCGGAAGCUGAAUUAUAUAUAAAACAAUGGCGUCGUAAAUAUCGACAAUUAGAAGCAAUUGAUAAUAAUAAUGUUUUUACUAAACGUUUAUCAUCAUCAUCAUGGUCAUCAUCAUCGUCAUCUUCUUCUUCUUCAUCAUCAUCAUUGGAUGAUUGGUAUUGUACAGCACAUAAUAUAUUGGAUUUAGAUGUAUCAUGUUUAAAUACAAAAGAAUUUAAUAAAUAUAAAUGGAAUGAUCAUCAUGGUUUUGAUCUUAUAUUCAAUAACCGAUCGAAACCAUUUUCAUUAACAAUUAUUGAUGGCGAUAAUGUUGAUGAUAAUAAUGUUACUGUUGCUGAUGAUAAUGAUAAUGAAAAUGAUGAUAAAUUUAAUAAUGGAAAUAGUAUUGAUGAUGAUUUAUUAAGAUUUCAUCAUCAUCAUCAAUCAUUAAUGGAUCAUAAUGAUCAUUAUCCGUUGCUGUUGCAUCAACAACAACAACAACAACAAUUCAUACCAUUCGAAACAAUGAUACAAUUCGAUCCAAACAUACCAAUCAAUCAAGAAUUAUUAGCUAUAUUAAAAGCAAAUAAUUUAAUUGUAAAAAAUGGUAAAUUAAUGGAAAAAGAAAAUAUUGUUACAACAAAGGAUAAUAAUCAUCUUAAUCAUCACCAUCAUCAUCAUCAUAAUCAUAAUCACCAUCAUGGUAAAAAUGUUGGUGAAAAACCAACAACAAGAAGAAAUCAAAAACAAACGGCUAAUCAUCAUAAUCAUCAACAUAAUCAUCAUUUAUCAGUAUCAUCAUUACCUGUAGUACCGAUACAACAACAACAACAACCACCAUCAGUAUCUUUACCACCAUCAAUAUCGAUGACAAAUUUAAUUGAACCAUUACCAUCAUUAUCAUCAUCAACAACACCAACAAUGGCUUUAAUGAAUAUGAAUGAUCAUCAUUUAUCAUCAACAAUGGUUAAUCCAAAUAUAACAGCAAUAGCUGCCGCAUCAUCAAUACCAACAGCAAAUGUAUUAACAACACCAUUAAUGACAGCAACGGCAAAUACUAUUAUUACAUCAACAACAACAUCACCUCCAUCGAAUAUUAAUAGUGGAAAAUGUUCAAAUAGUAAACGAAAUAAAAAUAAUCAACAACAGCAACAGCAGAAUAAUUCAAAUCAAACGAGUAAUAAUUCAACGAAUAAUUCAACCAGUAAACCACGUAAUCGUCCAAGUUCAACAAGAAGACAAAUGUAUAUUUGUGAAUAUCCUGGUUGUACAUAUCAAUCGGAUAGAAAUUUUAAUUUUUUACGACAUAAACGUACACAUGGUAAACAGAAAAAUGAUCCAGAUUCAACUGGACAUCAUCCACAUCAUCAUAAUCAAAAACAUCGUAAUAAUAAUAAUAAUAAUAAUUCGUCAACAACAACAACAUCGAUAUCGACAUUAACAAAUAUAACACCAACAACCACAUCAACGAUUGGUACGAAUAAUUUUCUAUUCAAUCAACCAUUACCACCGAAUACAACAAAUUUAAUGAUUAUGGCUAAUAAUAAUGGUAAUAAUGGUAAUCUUAUGUCAUCACCAAAUUGUUUUGAUCAACAACAACAACCAACAACGGUAGAAUUUAAUCCAAAUGGUUUAAUUAUGGCUACAACAGCAACAACAACAACAAAUUUACAUAAUGAUUCAACAACAGCAUUAUUAUCGAAUGAUUUUAAUCUCGAUCCUCAUCAUCAUCAUCAUCCAUCAGCAUUAUUGACAACGAUUCCACCAUCGUCAUCAUCAUCAUCAUCACCAUUAUCAACAACAACCGGAACAACAACAACAAUAAAUUUAUCAGCUGUUAAUGGUCAAUUUUUAUUGAAUCAAUCAUCGGCUAUUGUUGGCAAUAAUGAUCAAGAUAAUUAUAAUAAUUUACAAACAUUGAAUCAUAAUAAUCAACAUCAGAAUAUUAUUAUGAAAGAUAUUAAUAAUUUUGAACAUUUAUUAACGGAUAGUAAUCAUCAUCCUCAUCAA